AUGUUGCUCAACGCCACCCUCCUCUGGCUCACAGCCAUGACCACGGGCGCCCUCUGCAGCCCCGCGACCAAGUCGAACCCGUCUCACCUCGAUGGCUUAAUAGACCUGGGCUACGCAAAACACGUCCCGACAUACGUCAAUACCACAGCCUCGGGCCAGCGAGUCGCCAUAUACAAGAACAUACGCUUCGCCCGGUCCCCGACUGGCGAACUGCGCUUCCGCGCACCCAACACCAAGCUGUCACGCGUGGAUGGAGUCCAGGACGGCAAGGUCCCCUGGCGGAGCACAGACUGCAUCGCGUCGGCACCGUCCUAUGUGCCCUUCCCGGUUAACGGCACGACCUGGGGCCGCGAGGACUGCCUGUUCCUCGACGUGUACGUACCGGAAGGGGUGAGACCGGGGGACAAGGUGCCGGUGCUGCACAACUUUUACGGGAGCGCGUAUGCGUUUGGAAACAAAGAAAUGUUUAUGAACCCCAUGGGCUUGUUUGAUUUGAUGCACAAGCAGAAUCUGGGCAAGUUUAUCGUCGUGGGAAACAACUACAGAAUGGGCGUUUCCGGCUUCACCUGGGCCGCGGACGAGGACUUGGACGGCAACGUCGGGAUGCUCGACUGCCUCGCCGCGGCGGAGUGGACGGCCAAGUACAUCCACAAGUUUGGCGGGCACGGGAAGCGCAUCACGGCCAUCGGACAGAGCGCCGGCGCCGGCAUCAUCUACUACCUGACAGUGCUCAACGGCGGGCGCGGCAAGCCGCUGCCCUUCCAGCAGGCCUUCAUCUCGUCUCCCGCUGCACCACAGCGGCGCAAUGUCACGGCGCGGCAGCGCAAGAUGUUCGACAUGGUGCUUGAGGCAGCGAACUGCACGAGCCUCGCAUGCCUGCGGGCCGCGCCCGAGACAACGAUGCUGCACGUCAACGACCGGCUCAUCAACCAGAUGCCCUCGGAGAGCGGCGGCGGCACGAUCGGGCCGGUCAUGGGGUUCGGCCCGGCACCCGACGGGAAGCUCAUCCCGGACAUGCCCUCGGUGCUGAUCAAGCAGGGUAGGGUGCACAAGGACUUGUUGAGGCUCGUCGUCGGGUCCAUGGCGCUCGAGGGCAAGGAGACGUCGCACGACGUGGGCAUGCCGGGCUACUUUCCCACCAUGGUGCGGCAGCAGAUGCCCGCGGCGAGCAACGCGACGGUGCAGGCGCUGCUGGACCUGUACUACCGCCCGGGGAUGGAGAAGCAGCUGGCGUGGGACUUUACGACGGACGCCGUGUUUGCGUGCAACGCGUACAACCUGGCCAACGGGCUGCCGGACAAGACGAUGCGGUAUAUCAUGUCGACACCGCCGGCCGUCCACGGCCAGGACCUCCUGUACUACUUUUACGUCGACGAGGAGCAGACGCCAGUCAACGACCCGGAGCUGGUGCUCGCGUUCCAGACGAAGCUGCUGGCGCUGGUGCGCGGCGAGGACCUGGCGUGGCCGGCGUACGGCGCGGACAAGCGCAUGUACAACGUGACGGAACGGUUUGAGGCGACGACGAUGCCGGCGGAGCUGCGGGCGAGGUGCGACCUCCUCAACAGGUCCGUGCUGGACCAGGCCAACGGCGCAUGA